GGAUUUGCUGGAGAUACGUGCAAUGCCACUGAGAAUGGUCAUUGUAAUCCAAACCCAUGUAAAAACGAUGGCACAUGUGAGGUGAUCUCUAACUCCAGAAGAGGAGACGUUUUUAAUGAGUAUGUGUGCAAAUGCCAACCUGGGUUCGAAGGUGCACACUGCCAUAUCAAUGUGAAUGACUGUGCAAACCAGCCUUGUAAGAAUGGAGGCCUGUGUCGUGAUCUGGAUGGGGACUACACCUGCCACUGCCCUUCUCCAUACGUUGGGAAGCAAUGCCAGCUACGUUGUACAUCUCUGUUGGGGAUGGAGGAAGGUGGAAUCGUAGAGUCCCAGAUCUCGGCUUCCUCUGUACACUCUGGCAUUCUAGGGCUGCAGCACUGGGGACCAGAGCUUGCACGCCUCAACAACCAGGGCCUUGUCAAUGCCUGGAGCUCCGCACCCCAAGACAAGAACCCCUGGAUUGAGGUUAACAUGCAGAAGAAGAUGCGCCUCACUGGAAUCAUAACACAAGGAGCCAGCCGCAUGGGGACAGCUGAGUUUGUUAAGGCUUUCAAGGUUGCAUCAAGCUUUGAUGGCAAAUCAUACACGGUGUACAGAGCAGAUGGCCAGAGAAGAGACAAAGUUAACAUGCAGAAGAAGAUGCGCCUCACUGGAAUCAUAACACAAGGAGCCAGCCGCAUGGGGACAGCUGAGUUUGUUAAGGCUUUCAAGGUUGCAUCAAGCUUUGAUGGCAAAUCAUACACGGUGUACAGAGCAGAUGGCCAGAGAAGAGACAAAGGAUAG